CGAGUCCUCUCGUCGUCGGAUAAGAAUGCUACAGGCCCAGAACAUGAAGUCUGGGGAAAUGUCUACCCACAUUGAAGCCGAAUCUCAGACUUUAGCCUUACACAGUGAAGUUCAUCCCCAACGACUAGGGGCUUGAUAGCCCGAUUCCAAGCCUUGGCCAUUGAUUUACGAAUCAGGGGCUUUUCCACGAUCGUUUCCUGUAUCGCAGUACCAACAUAGGUCCUCUCGUUGGCACGGACAGUCGACAUGGUGGACAAUGUAUCGAGCUUGAGUGAGGCCAGCCAAUAUCCGGAGCCAGCCGAAAUCAAUUUGGUUACUGCUGCUACAGAUAGGCAAGAGACGCAAGGCCCAGGAGGCGACGCCCAAAGAAAACGUGCGUUUCCCGGUUCCGAACAGGUCUCGGCGCGGCGGCGCAAGGUUCUCAAAGUUACACGCGCGUGUGAUACUUGCAAGAAGCGAAAGUCCCGGUGCUCAGGAACACUACCAUGUGAUAGUUGCAGUAAGCGUGGACGACCGUCCGAAUGCCACUACGACGCCGAGUACCGGCGAGGACAGCCAGUGACCCCUGUUCAGAGAGCGUCUAGUAUCGUGAGUGUUGGCCCUCAUGAUAGAGAACCAUCAAGGCGUCAACAAGGAUUAAAUGCCAGGCACACGGUGAUGGAAAUGCUCCCAGGUGUGGAGAGCACAUCCGAAACAGUUUCAUCAACUCGUCAAAUGAGUCUUGCAACGAAUGUAGUUGCUGCCCAAACAUUUCCCGACCCCGAGACUAUGGCCCCGUCGAGGGCAUCACCUGAACUCGACGUCGCUGAAAUUCAGGGGCAAUAUUUUGACACAACAUCUGGUCUGGCAUUUCUUCAUCGUGCCUUUAGACGUCUCUCCAAGAACGGUGGCAAUCAGGUGGGCCGGCCACUACCUGAGCUUACAGGAGACGUCGAAAAUGAAGACAGUCCAACAUUAACAGUUGGCGACAAACCAAUAGGUGGUUUGAGACAGGGUGGCGUCGAACUCCCAUCGCUUCAGAGAGCCAAAGAACUUCUACAUCUUUAUUUCGAUGUUUGUAUUGCCACCUACCGUUUUCUUCACCUACAGUCGGUCGAAGAAUGGUUAGAAGUGAUACUACGCAAUGAGUGCGAUGGCAGGCCGAUACAUCAUAUUCUUGGCCGUGCAAAAGCCGCUAUUGUCCUCAUCAUAUUUGCGAUUGCAACAGCUCAUGAGGAUAAGGCCAGUGGUCGCUUUCAGAAAGACGAGGUAGCCUCAAUGGCUCGCAUUGACAGCCUGUUCUCUUACGCCAGUGCUCUUAUACACCAAGAAACUUCUCGUCCUAGGCUUGAAUCAGCACAAGCUCGGAUAAUCCAAGUUCUGUACUUAUUAACAACAUCUCGCAUGAAUCAAGCUUGGUACACCUUCGGCACUGCUGUUUAUCUUAUAUCUGCGCUGGGGCUCCAUCGAAAAGCUGGAAAGAAACACCUAGGUACCUCAAAGGAUGACUACAUAACCAUACAAUGUAGGAGAAGGACCUUCUGGACAGCCUAUAUCUUGGACAAGUACCUAGGUGUGAUUUUCGGUCGACCGAGACACUACAACGACGACGAGAUUGACCAAGAAAUACCGGAUAGUAUAAAUGAUGAGGAUAUGACAUCUAGUGGACCACGGAAACUCAGUUGGCGGAGCAGAAAAGAUUGUCAUAUCGAUGCACUUAUCUACCAUGCGCGUAUAGCAUCUAUGAUUAGCGAAGCCGGAAAAACAGUGUAUUCAAUUAAACCGAUUUCUCGACAAGAACGAAUUCAGGCCGCCAAUCGUCUCAAUGAAGAGUUAAAGCAGUGGCGGCUGUCGCUGCUGCCGCACCUUGGCACCAUUGCUCCGUCCAGCCUGAUCCCUCGGUUCCGACGUCAAGCCACAACUCUCAAGAUUGCCUCGUCGCAUGCCACGAUGCAUAUUAACCGCUUGUUUUUAUUAGGUCGAGUGGAUGCAGGAAGUGAGACACAAAUUCGCGAAGCUAUACUCGCCGCCAGUACUGUGUUGGAGACAGUGGAUGAAAUGGUCACAGAAGGGGGCACUAUUUUUCAUGCAUUUUGGUGGUCGCACUACGUCACCUUCUGUGCACUCGCCAUUGUCUAUGCUUGGGAAAUGCAAUCGCGAAAAACCCACCUUAACGCCUUUCCCAACGAUGCAAUCGACCAUGCCGAGCUCAUGACCUUAGCAGAACGAUGCCAAAGGCAUCUGGCACAAGCCACGGCAUCUAAUUCUCCAAGCAGGAGAUAUGCCUUAAUUCUGGAUAAGCUCCGUAAGGAAGUCGUAAGGAAUAGCAAGGAAAGCCGGGCAGCGCCAAGCACGCGAGGCCAAAACAACCAGAACUCCCAAACUCAAAAUCGACAAGGGCAAACAAUGGCGCAGGUAGUAGGACAAGAUGAACCACAGUUUCUUGGUCUCGGACCGGAGAAUACGAGCCCACAAUCCGGGUUCGGCCCGCCACUUGAUGAAAUGAACUGGUCCAUCCAAGAAUGGCAAAGUGAGGAUUGGUUGAAUUUGGAUUCCAUGGCAUUCGGGACGUUUCCGGAUAACUACGAUGCUCCUUUUGUGUGGGAUGGUAAUGAAUGCUGACCCAAUGGUGACUACACGACCUCUACCAGAGUCGAAACGUUCAAGUUUGAGCUUCAUGACUUCAUUAAGGAAGAUAGCAAUAUGCAGUAUCAAUUCCAGAC